CCCUCAAACCCCCCCCCCCGAAGCCAAAUUAACCGCAGCUCAAACUCCAUCUACGAUGGCGAGACGAGGUCUUCCCCUUCUCCGGCAACUCCUCCGCGACUCCGCCGCCGCCUCCUCUUCCCCUCCGCCCUUAAAAACCCUCGCCUCUGCCGAGACCCGGCGGUCCGUGACCUACAUGCCCCGUCCCGGCGACGGCGCCCCGCGGGCGGCGACCCUUAUUCCCGGCGACGGGAUCGGCCCUCUCGUCACCGGCGCGGUCCGGCAGGUCAUGGAGGCGAUGCACGCUCCCGUCUACUUCGAGACCUACGAGGUCCACGGCGACAUGGCCACCGUCCCGCCGGAGGUCAUCGAGUCCAUCCGGAAGAACAAGGUCUGCCUCAAGGGUGGCCUCGUCACACCACUCGGCGGCGGUGUCAGCUCCCUCAACGUCCAGCUCCGGAAGGAGCUCGAUCUCUACGCGUCUCUUGUCAAUUGCUUCAACCUCGCCGGCCUUCCCACAAGGCACGAGAACGUCGAUAUAGUGGUCAUCAGGGAGAACACCGAGGGGGAGUACUCGGGGUUGGAGCAUGAGGUGGUUCCGGGUGUUGUCGAAAGCCUCAAGGUGAUAACAAAGUUCUGUUCAGAGCGCAUUGCAAAAUAUGCUUUUGAGUAUGCAUACUUGAACAAUAGGAAAAAGGUCACAGCUGUGCAUAAGGCCAAUAUCAUGAAGCUUGCAGAUGGUUUAUUUUUAGAAUCUUGCCGUGAGGUUGCAAGAAAAUACCCAGGGAUAAAGUACAAUGAGAUUAUUGUGGACAACUGUUGUAUGCAGCUUGUGUCGAAGCCUGAGCAGUUUGAUGUCAUGGUCACACCAAAUCUGUAUGGCAAUCUGGUGGCAAACACAGCUGCUGGUAUUGCUGGAGGCACUGGAGUAAUGCCAGGAGGCAAUGUUGGUCAAGAUCAUGCAAUUUUUGAACAAGGGGCUUCCGCUGGCAAUGUGGGAAACCAGAAGAUAGUGGAACAAAAGAAGGCAAAUCCUGUAGCCCUCCUCCUUUCCUCAGCAAUGAUGCUGAGGCAUCUCCGGUUUCCCUCAUUUGCUGACCGAUUAGAGACUGCUGUGAAGCGCGUAAUUGCAGAAGGCAAAUACAGGACUAAAGACUUAGGAGGGGAUGGCACAACCCAGGAAGUUGUUGAUGCAGUCAUAGCAGCACUGGACUGAUGAUCCUGAUCUUUUUGCAGAGUAUUGGUCUGGACAGCAGAUCAAUCGCUUGUGUAAGAUACUGGUUUUGUUUUCUUAUAUUACUUGGUUGUUUACAGCUUACACUGCGGCAGCCAGAUUUGAGAAACAUUAUUCUUUUUCUUGAAAUAAUUUAAUGCUUGUUCAAUGAAGGUGUAUUCGGAUUUUAAAUUGUUCCCGUAUAAGUCAUAAAUUGUAUAAAAACAGGCAGAGGCAUUUU